AUGCAGGUGCCAGGGCUGCUCACUGCCCAGGGUUCACCUGCCUGGGACAAGCAUCUCACACAGAGGCAGGAACACUCGUGGAUCGGGGGAGCCCCUUCUUUACAACUCCACCAAAGCUCUUAUUUAUACAAGACAAAUGAGCUCUUUGACCCAGACAAUGAGAUGUAUGGAACAUGGCCUCGAGCUAAAGGGCUGGGUCAUGGAGGCAGCAGUCUAAGCAGAGACUCCCAGAUUUGGGUGUCCACCCAUACCAGCUCCUCCGGGUGGACUCCCAGGCCAGCCGAGCAUGUCCCACCUCCUAAAACAGGUGUCCAGCAUUCAACCAGAACAGAUGCCCUCCCCUCAGCUGGUUCCUCCCCACGUGGAGGAGCAGGAGCCAUGAUUGAUGUAGAUGGGAUGUUGCUGAGGCUGCUGGGGCCGGUGUUAAUGAGCGUGCUCAGUACGUCCAUGUUAUAUAACCCGCCUGAAGCCAACCAAAAUGCCACGGACAACACCAAAAUGUUCAAUAACGGUGGUAACUUCUCAAACAAAGGGCUGGGGAAGGGGAUCCAGGGCAGUAACUUCUUAGGUAGGAGCCUGCUGCCGGUCAUGGCUGAGAACACCGGGAUCCCCCUGUCUGACGUCAUGUUCCCUGACACCUCCAUCUGUGACGUGAUCCUCAGCUCUUCAGAACCCAUCUCCAUCGACCAGAUCCCCUUCUUCUGCCUCUGCUCCCACUGCAAGUCCACCACGGGCCCCAAGGGAGAGCGUGGGGACCGGGGCCCUUCGGGGUUUCCGGGCAGUCCAGGCAGGAGAGGCCUAAAUGGCUUCAGAGGACCUCGGGGAUUUACGGGUGCUCUUGGGGCCAAAGGUCAGAAAGGAGACCAGGGAGAAAAGGGCCAGCCGGGUCCCAUCGGCCUUCCCGGGAUCAAGGGCGAAAUGGGAUUCAAAGGGGAGAAGGGAGACGAUGGAGAUGAUGGCCCCGCAGGACCUCUGGGGCCUCAGGGUGUGCCCGGCUCUUGCCACUGUGACAUUGUCAUUGGACCUCCUGGUGUACAAGGCCCCCCAGGACCAGCUGGUGCCCGUGGUUUACCAGGCUCUACAGGCUCCAAGGGGGGUCCAGGAGUCAAAGGUGAUAAGGGAGACACAGGACUUAACGGAAUAAAUGGUUUAAAUGGGCUGAAAGGUGAGAAAGGUUCACCAGGCCCGUGUGACUGCCCCGACGGUGUGGACGGAGCAGACGGGCCGAAAGGAGAGACAGGAGAGAAGGGGGAGAAGGGGGAUGUUGGAGCACAGGGGGUUCAUGGAGAAACUGGCUUUAAAGGAGAGCCGGGAGACAUGGGGAUUCCGGGGAUGCCUGGUCCAUGCUCACUCGCUGUCCAAUCAGCUUUCUCUGUUGCGCUGGCCGAGCCAUUCCCAGAGCCUUCAAGACCUGUCCGAUUCACCAAGAUCAUCUCUAAUGUUCAUAGUCACUAUAACCCUUUAAUCGGUAUCUACAUCGCGCCUGUCAAUGGCACUUAUGUCUUCACCUUUAAUCUGCUUGUCAAAGAGAGACACCUCAUAGUGGGCUUGUUCCAUAAUUUUGGAUCUGUUGUGAGGAUGACAGAGAAAACAGACACAAACACAGUGAGUCAGGAGAUAGUGUUGCACCUAGAUGCGAAGGACAUGGUGUGGGUGCAGGUCAAGGACAGUAACAAUAAUGGCAUGUACGCUGGCCCGGAGAUGACCAGCACAUUCUCAGGCUGGCUGCUGACCCCAGACACCUGUGACUUCGGCGGGAUUCGAGAUUUCCCUCACCAUAAAAAUGUCACCGGUCUACAAUUUCCCUGGACAUCAAAAAAAUUUGAAUAA